CAGGCUCGCGCGCACACACACACACCCGCGUGCGCUCGAGAAGCUGCGCAGGCGCGUGGAGCCUCGAGCCACCAUCUACCCGGCCAACAUGGAGAGAAAAGUUCUUGCCCUCCAGGCCAGGAAGAAAAGGGGAAAAGCCAAGAAAACAACCAAGAAACCAGCUCAUCAACCGAGGGGGGCAUCUCAGCAGCAGCAACCGCAGCAGCAACAACAGCAGCAGCAGCAGCUCCCUGCAGAACCUCAGCAGCAGGAGCCUGAAGAGGAGAUUCUGGGCUCUGACGAUGAGGAGCAGGAAGAUCCCAGUGACUACUGCAAAGGUGGCUACCACCCUGUAAAAAUAGGAGACCUGUAUAAUGGGAAGUAUCAUGUAAUUCGUAAGCUAGGCUGGGGCCAUUUUUCCACAGUGUGGCUUGCUUGGGACAUUCAAGGGAAGCGGUUUGUGGCAAUGAAAGUGGUAAAGAGUGCAGAGCACUAUACAGAGACAGCCCUGGAUGAGAUAAAGCUGCUCAGAUCUGUAAGGAACACUGACCCUGAUGAUCCAAACAGGGAGAUGGCGGUUCAGCUGUUGGAUGAUUUUAAAAUCUCUGGGGUGAAUGGAACUCAUGUGUGCAUGGUAUUUGAGGUGUUAGGACACCAUUUACUCAAGUGGAUUAUCAAGUCUAACUAUCAAGGUUUACCCCUCCCUUGCGUCAAAAGCAUCAUUCGGCAGGUUUUGCAGGGCCUCGAUUACUUGCACACAAAGUGUAAGAUUAUCCACACAGACAUAAAGCCAGAGAACAUACUGAUGAGUGUGAAUGAGUCAUAUGUAAGAAGACUUGCAGCUGAAGCCACAGAGUGGCAGAAAGCUGGCGCGCCUCCUCCCUCUGGAUCAGCAGUGAGUACAGCACCAGUACCUAAACAAGCAUCCAAAAUGUCUAAGAACAAAAAGAAGAAGUUGAAGAAGAAGCAGAAGCGACAAGCAGAGCUGCUGGAGAAAUGUAUUCAGGACCUAGAAGAAAUGGAAAAUGGCCCAGAGGGUGCAGAAGAGGAGGAUGACGACCCACAAUCACCCAAGUCACCUAUUUAUGCACCUCUUAGACAAGCCUCUAUGCAGGAUAUUGGUGAAGAGGAAGUAAUAGGUAACCCUAAAGAGUGUCUGAUCUCGGGUGCUUCAGAUGAGCUCAACUGUAAUGGCUACCUGUCUGCCAGCCAAACCCUACCCGAGGAAGAACUAGAUGAAGUCAAGCAACAAAUGCAGCUAAAGAAGGAGGACCAGCACCAUGUUAAUGCAAAACCUUCAAUUGACAUUUCCCAGAGCCCUUAUGAGUACUGUAAUGGGCUGUACUCUUCUGAACCUGAUCAGAGCCACAAUAGUCGUGACAUGAGGGAGGAGGGAGAUGACAAAUUGCAAGGAAGGCCAGUGCCUGCCAGAGAAAAGCAGUCCACACCAGAGAAUGCCAAACUCCCAGCAGGGUGUCUUUUAGUCAAUCCCUUGGAACCACUAAAUUCAGACAAGAUCAAGGUCAAGAUUGCAGACUUGGGCAAUGCAUGCUGGGUGCACAAACACUUCACCGAGGACAUUCAGACGAGGCAGUAUCGCUCCCUGGAGGUGCUGAUAGGAGCAGGUUACAGUACACCAGCUGAUAUAUGGAGCACCGCUUGUAUGGCGUUUGAACUGGCCACUGGGGACUACUUGUUUGAACCGCACUCUGGUGAAGAUUACUCCAGAGAUGAAGAUCAUAUUGCUUUGAUCAUUGAGCUGCUGGGGAUGGUCCCACGCAAACUCAUAAUAGCAGGAAAAUACUCCAAGGACUUUUUCACCAAGAAAGGUGAACUGAAGCACAUCACCAAGUUGAAGCCGUGGGGUCUGUUAGAGGUGUUGUUGGACAAGUAUGAGUGGUCCCGCGAGGAUGCAGAGACCUUUGCAGAUUUCCUGCUCCCCAUGCUUGAACUCAUCCCUGAGAAACGAGCCACAGCGGCCGAAUGUCUGCGCCACCCCUGGCUUGCCCUCUAGUGGCUCCUGUAAGCCACUGCAGACGUAUUGUCCUCCACUUCCACACAAGACUGCAACGUAUCACUUUCCAGUUUGAGUGCUUACCUUUUAGUACUUGUACUUUGUUUGUCUGUGGUUUCCUGUUUGAAUCUCCUGGGGAAUUUUUUUUCCUGGUGAUUUUAUCACCUAUGACUUAUUUCCUGAGGCAGUGUUUGUCCUCAAACUUUUCUUUUCCCUCUAAAUUUGCACAACAGUUUUAGGGAACAUCUCUUGUAUUAUUCAGGCUGUGUGCUACAUGCUAAAAGGUCAAAUUUCUGUAUUUUGCUAGGCUUUUACUGAACAUGGAGUUGAUGUAAGGGCACAUAAUGUGGGUUACAUGUUUCCUAGUUUUGGGAGCACUCACAUCAGAGAUAGAAAAUGAACCAUUGGGUUUACAUCAUAACUGUAGAAAAAGCAAUUCAAUCAUUUGUAGUUUAUUUCAGGAAAUGCCAUACCACUGUGUAAUAUUUUUGUCUCAAAAAGUGUCAGUUGUUUCCUUUUUAUAUGUGGUGUUUUUGGUCAAAUCUGAGUACAUUUGGAGGGUUGCUUUCUCGCUUUCUAUGCUUCCAGAAAAUGAGUUGCUGUUAAACACCACCCAGAAGAUGGUUGUGAAAAGUGUGCGCGUGUGUAUGUUUGUCUUGUCUGUGUAUAUAUGUGUACCAAAGAGUUUGCCUUGAUCUGUAUAUUACAGCCAUGUACAGUUUUUAAAGAAAACCUACUAUUGUUAACUAAGAUUAUUUAGCUGGACAGUAAUGUUUUAAUAAAAUAUUUGGGAGAUGGGUGAAA